AUGCUCCACAAUCUAAGAAGCCUUAGAAGAGGAGUUUUUGAUCUUUUCAUCAACUUCUACAAGCUUGCGACCACAGUUCACGGUGCCGCUUGGACAGCAGCUAAUAAGCCUAUCAACCUCUUCCUAAACGAAGCAGACCCGGACAUACGCAAUGUCCAAACCAAGGUUUGGAGAGACAAUAUGGUAUCACAGCUAAACACUAUUCUUAUUACUACUUCACUUAUUAGCAGUGUCGUUGUAAGCUCCCUAAGCUGGGCAGACUUUGGUAGCGAUAACGAGGGAGAGAUCACUGUAGUCAAAUCGCUCUGGUAUGGUAGCCUUGUACUCUCAAUUACCGCGAUUGCAUCAGCGUCUCAGCAAUUGGUUUGCUUGAACCGACUCAGCACUUAUAUAGAUGGGUUAAGCCUCUUACGAAAGUUGUUAAGUGGAACUGAAGAUGUGACGGCGGGGACUGUUACUCCAGGCCGUAGUCUUCGCGUUGAACAAGCGUACCUCUGGCAGAUUCCCGUUAUGCUUAUGAAUGGGGGGCUCUAUGUCUUCACGAUUGGAUUGUGCGUUUUUGUCAUUGACAAGGCACAGCGAUUACUGCAGCAACAGUAUCUGAAAGGAGUCGAGAUGAUGGUUUUGUUCGCCAUCAUUCUUUUGUUCGGCUUGUUCAACUACGCAGUCAGCUCAGUUGCACUAUAUCUCUGGAUUGACCGAUGCACGCCUCCUUAG